AGGAACAGAUCAGGGCUAACGAUGAGUCAACCCAGAGAAUACAGCUGUUCAAUGCCAAGCAUGAGCUAGAGAUUUUGUAUGAUGAGCUAAAAUCCAAUGUGGAAAUAAUGAAUGUCAAGCGUUUAUCUGACCAGAUUUUCCUACCAGAAACUGACAGACAAUACAUACAAAACAAAAACGUGUCUUGUGUCUCAGGAAGAAAUCCAGCGUUCGAGUCCGCCAAUCGACCAAAAGUACAACACCCUUCCUGCCACAUUGAUGGGACUUUCCUGCACCCAUCCAAGUGUUUCCCGAUGCGCCAGUCAUUUAAUCCACAUGAACAAAGGCGUUCCGAUUGGACCAAUGGAAACGUUCGAAUCCGUUUCUAUAUCUUGCGAAGAACGUCCAGACAGCUGGGGAAUGAAAGUUCAUGUUUCUGACUCGAGGAGAAAGAAUAAGUCGCCAAAUCUAUCUUGGAAGUUUGGCCAUCCCGUUGACUAUGAAGCCAGUUCUUGUUAUGUUCGACACCAUGACAGUAUCGGUGAAAGCGAAAAGUAUAACAGAGAAAAAGGCAGCCACUCCGUCGACAGCCAUGGGACUGCGGAAGACGACAUCAUCCAAACCCCAGAGAGCGAAACAUCUGAGGAUUCGAGCGUCAGUGAUGAAAAUGAACUCACCAACUAUAAAGUGGUCAUGUCAAUGAUACCCAGUUUGCCAGAAAAGGCAAACAGCCACGAUCUCAAAUUCACUGUGAGAGUGUCGAUGCCAGUUUUGGAAAAAAAGCUGGAAAUUGUAGGCGGGAAUGCAACCGGUAUCUUCAUCGAGAAGAUCAAUGACAAGUCACUCAACAACUGUUUCAGUGUGGGAGAUCAGAUUAUGUCAGUUGACGUAAGUAACAAGAUGGGUAACUCUGUCACGCAAGUCUUCCAUAAUUGUACACAGGAACAGGUUAGAAAAACACUCAACGGCGAGAGUUUGGCCUUCCCCGUCGACAGCAUCGAGCUCAAUUGCGCGCACAAUAAAAAAGUUAAUCAAGAGGCUUCAAAAUGGAUGAAGGAAAACAAUAGUAACGGCGAUUUCUUUUACACAAGGAGCAACUUCACCUGGCAAGGAGACAGGACGGCAGGUCAAUUGGAUGUCAAUAACGGCGACAUAUUUAAGGUCCUGAACACUACUUGUAAGCCUCGCUUCUGGCUAGCACUGAAAUUCGACAGAGACAGUCAGACCUGGGAAUCUGACACAGGCUUCAUUCCCAACACUACAGAGGCAUUGAGAAACAGAGUGAAAAUGCAGAUGAAACGGACAGAAUCAAUGGAUGGAAAACAUACAGGAAGAUGGAAGGGCAUCAAAUGCAGGUCGGAACAUUAUACCGUGAUUUUGCCAGUGAAAGCCAUGACUAUGUCACCAGUAUUGUUGUACGGACAAGAGGAGGUGGUGACCAUUGUUCAGAAAAUCAUGGCCACGGACCUGCCGGACUGCUCACAAGUCGACAUCAUGAGGAAUGAUUUAACUGACUUACACCGACAUUUCCCUCAGAAACACGACCGACACAGCAUAAGGAAGGGCAGUUUGACCCCAGUGACACUCAACCAAUCUCUCAACAUCAUUAUCUACCUUAAUCUUCAAAGUGGGGCUGAUCCAGACCAGCUUAACACCAUUCUGGGCAGUUACAUUAACGAGGGGACAAAAGAGGGGCCAUCUGAUUCUCUAGAGAGCCGACUCCAAAUGUUUGGUCUUACAUACGACAGGAUAGACAUCCCCAGCCCCGAGGUAAAGGACCGUGCCAGUUUAUUGCAAUGUCUGUGUGCGAGAAUCUCGCGGUAUCAGGAUCGUGUCUACUGGCUCGGGAAACAAAGCCUCACAACCUCGGAUCAGUGGAAGUUUCAGAGCCUCGUCUGCCCUUCCAAGGUCCCCAAUGUGUACUCAGAUGACCAGAAAGAAAAUUUGAAGCCUUCUCCUGCUGUUUCCCUUGAUGACGGUCGCAGCCAUUGGGCCCGAUCCGGAAAUAUAUUCCGCUCCUUUUCCACCGACUAAAUAGCGUGAAAACUCCUAUAGUCCAAACCGAAUCACAGUCGGUGUCAUAUGCUAUGUUUGCUAACCGUUCCAUGAAAAUUUAUGCCAAUAUCCGAACUUCAGCCACGGUUUUUCGUGAAUCGUCAUUUUAACAUAGGCACUGAUCUCACCUUCAUACCCACAGAACAUUGUAUGACAUGAGGCAUUUAAAUCAUCAUGAAUUUUGACACCUUCUUAGAAUAUACGCUCCUAUUCUAUGUUGCUUUUAAAUUUUAUCAAACACAUUUUUUCGUACCCCCCUCCCCUCCAUAUGUUUUAACACUGGCUUCAAGCCCAUUUCAAUUUUCCUGACUAAUCAUCAGAAUUCCCACAAUUUUGCCCCCGUACAUCCCUGACGAGCCAGAAUAGGAAGAGUUAGCUGUAGGCCUAUGUUUAUAUUUGACAUAAACCAUUACUAUUUACAGUAGCCCGAGUUUCCUAUGGCCCUGAUACCAGACAAGGCCAGAGGAAACUUGGGCUGUAUUUACAGAUGUGCUAUUAACUUGUGUGACUUUUGCACAACCCUUUUUAUUGACAAACUUACCCCAGCUUUAAUAUAUCAGAGACAUAUAUAUACAGAUAUCUCUGAAUAUAUGUACAUAAUGUGUGUUCUAAUUCAGUAUUACUUUAUUUUUUAAUGUGAUAUAAAUACGUCAACGCUAUUUUUGUUAAUUGUUUACAUCCAUGGUACUGGCCUCGUCUGUCAAUACAUCCAAUAUUCUUGGAUUUUAUCAUAUGGGGUGUACUGGACAAGGUGAGAGUACCCGUGGUCGCAUUUGCGUGCCGAUAAGCCCCACUCGAUUUGCACUCUUCUCCGGCUAGAAUAUAUCUUCCGGUCACUCGAUUUGGAGCUCUUCUGCUUCCUCUUCCGUCUCGAAGCUGGAAGAUUUAUCUUCCAAGAUGGCGACCAUGUUUAAGUAUGCGAGUGAUAAGUUUCACUAGAGAAGGAUUUAUGACACAAACAUGCACAUGUCUGUGUCAUAGUGUUUGAGAAAACUUAAAAACUUGUUUGUUUUGGGUUAUAUUCUCCCGGUUUACUCGAUUUACAUAUAACGGAACGCAAUCUUCUUAGGUUUCUCUUUCAAGAAGAGUGCAAAUCGAGUGGGGCUCAGGACUUUAGUGUCGUAAAGUUUAACCACAGAUAAUUGAGUGUCGCUAGGUUUUACUUGAGGUCCAGUUCCGCUACAAAUCUACAUUACUAUUUCAGCGACAAUAAUCAAUGAGUUAAGGAUGGUAUCUAUGUGAAAGUUGAGCAAAGUCGAGUGUGGUCAGCAAUGGAAUGUAUGAUCACUGCAGUGUACUUCCGAUGCACUUUGCAUCAGUGCAAGUUUCAAAUGUAGGAUGACCAUAGUAAAGUUCAAUGGAAUGACUUGCAAGUGUACGUAUGACUCACCGAAAGCGUCACGCAUAAUUUCUGAUUGGUUGUAAUGCAAGUCUUAAAGUACAAACACUUGUUUGAAUGACUUUUUAUGUGAAGUUUAAUAUUUCUUGUGAUUUAAAUACUUCCUACAUGAUUUAUUUUAAUUCAGCUGAAAGCCGUGUUUGAUAUGAAUGGCAAAUGAACAAAGGCGAUUUCUAUACGUAAAGUGAUUGAAUGAAUAUUGUCUUUUCCCUGUUGGAAUAUUUAUAUCGCCUACGAUAAUAGUAUAUAUAUGACAAGUGUCGAUACGUCUGUUGUAAGCGUAUGUGACACGAUCCAUAAGGAAUCACGUGACCUGUAUGUUAUAUGCUUCUCCUGUUUUGUUAUCGUAUUAUUACGCGCGAAGCGUUGUCGCUUUUGAAAUAAAUAUAUUAAUCAAAAUACAGACGUCCAGUUUUGUUUCUGAGAAGAUACGAGGACAGUUGCCUGGCAUCAUGACCCGAGUCGUCUGUGGUAGUUCAUUUAAUUUCAAGUGGUGUCAAAUCUAGCCGUAAUCCGUAAGUUUUUGGUGCUUUAUCGGCCUUUUUUUAAAGUCGUAUAUGGGUUAGUCGGCAGUCUAGUUAUAUACUUGUAUUACAGAGUAUCGUCGGGUAAUGGAAAUGACAAGUCUAAUUUAAUUAGAUAUGGGUUAGUCGGCUCAUAUCAGAUUUUUUGAAAGGCCAAUAAAACAUGAGAAACCAUAGGAUUAUAUUCUAGCGGCUGGCUAGAAUCUUUUCGUGAAAGAAGGAAUCGCAAUGCUUAGAUCGUAUUUGUUAACCAAACGAUAAACAUGACGAAAUGCAAAAAAAAAAAAA